AUGCCAAAGUUUGUUCCAAGGCAGCGAAAACAAAAACACCGGCGCCAAGAGACGAGUGCGCCGGUUGAUACCAAUGUUGCGGAACUAGCGCCGGUCUCCAAAGACGAAAAAGAGGCGCGCAGGCAGAAGUUGCGAGACGAAUUACGAGAACAACAUACCAAUGUCUCUUCGAAGAAGCAAAAAAGAUUGGAGAAGUACAUUGAAACCAAACUCAAAAAAGAAGAGAACGUCGAGCUUCUGAAGAAGCUAGCACAAGCCAAGGUCGAUACAUCGGGGUUGCAAACAUCGAAGGAUUUGGGAAAGCGCAAAAGACAGCCAGAUAUCGGAGCCCCAAUCACGACAGAAGUGUCAAAAAGGUCCGGACCUGCGGACGAUUCCGACGACUCCGACAUUGAUUUGAAGAAUACCCCGGGGGUAAAGGCUCAAAUACCUGUCGGACCUGUUGGAAGUGGCUUGAAGCGUCCUCUUGAGCUUGGUGCGGACGGGUUUCCGGUUAUCAAAAAGCGGAAGCGCUCGAAAAAGUCGAAGCUUUCCGCAGUAUCUGCGGCUGAGCCGUCAUGGGAAGGUUUCGAGUCUGGCGAGGAAACACCAAACGAGCAUGAGCAAGAUCGUGUUCCUGAGGAAUCCGACAUCGAAGAAGCAUCUGAGGGCGAUUCCGAUAGCGAGCAACCUGAUGACUCUGAAAAUUCUUCGGACGGCUCGGAUGAUGAUGAUGAUGAUGAGGAUGACGGCGACGACGACGAGGAGGAGGAGGAGGAGGAGGAGGAGGAGGAGGAGGAGGAAGAGGACGAUGAAAGUGACCAUCGUAUCAGGCCGCGAGAGUCAGCAUUCAAGUCGUGGGCUAUACAACAAAUAAAUGAAGCCGUAGGCUUCAAUCCUACCGAGGGACCUGCGGUUCACGACCAUGUGCAACAAGCUUUCGCACCACCCAGAAAAGAGCCUCAAAAUACCGUCGAAAUUGAGGAGCCUCUUCCGCGUGAACUCGAAGUGACUACCGGCAAUCCCUUCCGAAAAGCAUUCAGUGUCCACGUUGACCGUUCUGAAGAAAUCCAGUCGUCUCGUCUCGGGCUCCCGGUUGUCGGCGAAGAACAGAAGAUCAUGGAGGCAAUCUACAACAACUCAGUGGUCGUCAUCUGGGGUGCUACUGGUAGCGGAAAGACCACUCAACUUCCACAAUUUCUUUUCGAAGCUGGGUUCGGCAAUCCCGAUAGCCCCAACCCCGGCAUCAUUGGUGUCACGCAGCCUCGCCGAGUGGCCGCUGUGAGUAUGGCAAACCGUGUCUCCCAAGAACUGGGUCAGUUCUCGGACCAGGUUUCGUAUCAGAUUCGGUUUGAGACCACAGUAUCUAAGAAGACCGCUAUCAAAUUCAUGACGGACGGUAUUCUUCUUCGUGAAAUUGCAGAUGAUUUCGCUCUGCGCAAAUACUCUGUUCUGAUUAUUGACGAAGCGCACGAAAGGAGCGUGAAUACGGAUAUUCUUAUCGGUAUGGUCAGUCGCAUUGUCGAUCUGCGCAAGUCCAUGAGUGAGGAGGAUCCUUCUGUGAAGCCUCUAAAGGUGGUCAUCAUGUCCGCCACGCUUCGUAUUUCAGAUUUCACCGAGAAUCCCAGCUUGUUCAGAGAUGGUCCGCCUCCCUUGGUGCAAGCUGAGGGUCGUCAGUAUCCAGUGACUAUACACUUUGCUCGUCGAACGCAGCGAGACUAUGUGGAAGAAGCUUUCCGCAAAGUCUCCCGGGGUCAUCGAAAGCUUCCCCCGGGAGGAAUGCUUGUUUUUCUGACUGGUCAGAACGAAAUCCGACUCCUGUCGAAGAAGCUGAAACAAGCCUUCAAGCCCACUCAGCGUCUUGAGACGACGCAGACGAAAGUCCAGCUUUCUGCGAACGAGGCACCAUUAGAAGCCGAAGAUUUGGAGCUUGGCGGUAUGGAUAUGGAUCAUGCAGGAGACGAGGAGGAAGAUUUAGAAAUUACUGGCCUUGAUGAACCAGAUGAUGACGAAGGAUUUGAUCUUGGCGAAGAAGCCAUGGAUUCGUCAACAAAAGUACACGUCUUGCCGCUGUAUUCUCAGUUGCCAACCAAGGAGCAAAUGAAGGUGUUUGAAGCACCUCCAGAGAACUCGCGUCUCAUCAUUCUCGCAACCAAUGUGGCAGAGACAUCGCUCACCAUUCCCGGCAUCAAAUAUGUGUUUGAUUGCGGUCGAUCAAAAGAGAAACAAUAUGAUCUUUCGACGGGCGUGCAAAACUUCCAAAUUGGCUGGAUCAGCAAGGCCAGCGCAAACCAGCGCGCUGGCCGAGCGGGUCGGACGGGUCCAGGUCACUGUUAUCGACUUUACUCUUCUGCCGUUUACGAGGCCGACUUUGCUGAUUACACUGACCCUGAAAUUCUGCGCACCCCCAUUGAGGGUGUAGUUCUUCAGAUGAAGAGCAUGGGUCUGCACAAUGUGAUCAAUUUCCCUUUCCCCACUCCGCCUAGUCGUCAAGGCCUUGCCAAAGCCGAAAAGCUUCUCAAGAACCUUGGUGCUCUUUCCACUGGUGGACAGGUUACUCAAAUUGGUCGUCGCCUCUCCACAUAUCCACUUUCCCCUCGCUUCGGCAAGAUGCUUUAUAUCGGACACCAGCAUGGCUGCAUGCCCUAUGUCAUCGCCCUUGUCGCGGGACUAGCGGUUGGCGACCUGUUUGUUGCUGAGAACCAACUUCCUGGCAAUGAGGCGCAACAAGUCAAGAGCAGAAAGACCGGUUCAGAUUCAGAUUCAGACACCAGUGACUCGGAAGAUGAGAAAGUAUACACAAUUGCAGAACGCCUAGAGGACACAGAGCGUGAGCAACGAUCGAAGGAUUUCGCCCGUGUACACCGACUUUUGAGCAAACACGACGACACCAGCGACGCUCUCAAGUAUCUUUCUGCCAUCUGUGCCUACGCUUAUGCGCCCGAUGGAGAAGCAUUCUGCGAGCAGAUGUUCCUCCGCGCAAAGGCUUUCAAGGAGGCAUCGCAGUUGCGCCACCAGCUCUCGGAUAUUGUGCGGUCCAACAAUCCAGGACUCCUUGGCGCCUACUCAGCCAAGCUGCCUGAGCCUUCAGCUAAGCAGCUCAAGGCAAUUAAGCAGAUUGUCACUGCCGGUUUCAUCGACCAUGUGGCUAUCCGAGCCGAUCUGGCCCCCGUUCCUCCUGAGGUUCCGCGCGCACCUCGCCGCGCCAUUGACGUGCCUUAUCUGACACUCUUCCGCUCGCGUGAGCGACAUGCCGAUGACAUCGCGGAGCGAGCUGUCUUCGUGCAUCCGACAUCGAUUCUGGCUAAGCUCACGCCGAAGGAAAUGCCACCAUACAUCGUCUAUUCGCAUCUCCAGCAGUCUGCCGCAGCGCCUCUUACGGGACAGACUCCCAAGAUCCGCAUGUUUCCACUAGUGGCACCGAGCGGAGCGCAAUUAGCGGCCAUCGCGCACGACACUCCGCUCAUCCAAUACGGAAAGCCCGUUGGCAAAACCGAGCUGUUGGAAGGAAUCCCUCAGCGUCGCUCGUGCUGGGUUGUACCAUCACUGGUCGGCGACUCUGGUAGCACAGGGUGGCCGCUACCAGCAAAGAAAGUGAUACAGCGGAAAGACCCCAGAGAGGGUUGGGUGAUUGAAAAAUUUGUGGCAUGA